AUGAAACGCACAACUGUUAAAACAGAAUCAAGCUCUAUAGAAAUGUUUUCAGGCUCUGAGGAUUAUGAAGAACAAAAAGUGUCAAUUUCUUGUAAGCGUCGGCGCACUGGACCUAUUAUUAGUGAAAAAGAUAAAGCUCUCAUUCCUAACGAAAAAAGCGUAAAAAAGAUUCGUCAAGAGCUCAAGGACAGGCUUUCAGAACGCGUAAUUCCAGCGAAACUUAUAGGUCUAGAAAACGAAUACGCGACACUAUAUGACAUUCUCAACCGGACUGUAUCUACGGGCGAAAGCAACUCUUGUUUGAUAUUAGGUGGUGCUGGCACGGGGAAAACAACGAUUGUUCGAAAAGCCAUUAAGGAACUAACAUCAUUACAUGGCGAUAAUUUCUUCUGCAUAAAUCUCAGUGGAUUUACGCAAACUAAUGAUCGCCUCGCAUUUCAAGAAAUUUCACGUCAGCUUUCUUUACAGUCACAACUUGAAGGCCAAAUAUUUCAUUCAUUUGCAGAUUCGCUCAUUUAUAUAUUGAAUCUUUUAAAAUCCGGGAAUAAAGAGAGUAGCAAGCCAAUAAUCUUCAUCCUAGAUGAAUUCGAUUUAUUCACUCAACAUAAUAAACAAGCACUCCUCUAUAAUCUUUUCGAUGUUUCUCAAGAUAAUCAGGCACCAGUUGCCAUAAUUGGAAUGACUCGCCGUCUGGAUGCCUUAUUUUUACUUGAGAAACGAGUAAAAUCUCGAUUUUCUCAUCGACAAAUCCAUCUCUAUUCCGCAGAAAAUUUUAAGACUUUUACCGAAAUAGCAAAGAACUUUUUGCGAUUGGACAAUGACAUAGAUGAGGUUGAUUCGAUUUAUCGCCAACAAUUUAACGAAACAAUUGAGGAAUUAUUUGAGGAAACCUCUUUUUCCAGAACUGUAAGAUAUAUAUUCGAUUCUUCUAAAGGAAUUAGAGGAUUUAUUAAUUUAUGU